AUGGGGGGCCGUAAUGAAUCAUUCCUCGGCGAAAUCGCCAUCGCCAAACACCUGGAACCCCUUUUCAAUUCACCAAUUGCUGACAUCAUCUCUACCCUGACCAUUUGGCAGGGUGUCGUUUUAUUCCUCUGUCUUUUCUGGGGCUACUCGUCGCUCCAAGUACAUCGCCGGAUCAAGGUCCCCGGCGCUCCCGUCCAUGGCUACUUCUCAUGGUUUGAGCCUACAUGGUUGUUGCAGUUGAGAUAUGCCAAAGAUGCACACAAAAUCAUUGCUAGUGGAUACGAAAAGUACAAUACGAAGAACAAGCCAUUUGUGCUACGUCGUCAAGACCUCGAUGUUACUGUUCUUCCGACCAAGUACAUUGAAGAGCUACGAACGAUCCCAAAUGCCAAGCUUAGCCGAGGAAAGGCGAAUUUUAUGGAGUGGGGUGACCAGUGGGCUAUGAAUACUCUAUGGAGUCAUUCAGAGAUCCCCAUCAAAGCCAUCUCGGAAAAUCGUGGUGGUCAACAAGGCAGAUAUCUCGAGGUAAUGAGAAAGGAGUUUGAAUAUGCUCUUGAAAUGGAAAUGCCAAAAGUGCCUGACUGGACCGAGAUUGACAUUCAACCCGUCAUUCAAAAGAUUUUGGGGCGCAUUGUGGGCAAAAUGAUUGUUGGCGAUCCCGCGUGCCGCUCGCCAGAAUGGCUAGAUCUGGCUGAACACUUUACCGAAGACUUUGUAGGAGCCUCCAUUAUCAUGAGGCUCUUGCCAAGGUGGAUGCAUCCUAUUUUCACAAAUCUAAUCCCCCAGAGAUGGAGGCUCCGGAAGCGUCUUUAUGAAACCAGAAACAUCACCGGUCCAUGUGUUGCCAGACACGAGGAAGCAAAGCGACGAAAAGCUCAAGGACUCGAGGUCGAAGAAGAAGACAACAUGAUCGCCUGGAUGCUGGACAACGCGCCCGAUAAGCAAUACGUCCUGGAUAACUUGCCAAUUCUCAUUCUGGUGAUUCUCGUGCCUGCAGCACACACCACGGCCAUGGCUAUUUCUAACCUUCUCUUCCAUCUGUGCGAGCAUCCUGAGUGGGAUGAAAUACUAUUGAAGGAGAUUGUCGAUGUGAACAAGGAGUUUGGCGCCAUCGGUGAGCAGCUUCCUGUUAAGGACUGGGUCCCUAAGCUUGAGCUUCUGGACAGCUUCUUCAAUGAGAGCCAGAGAUUGAGUCAGCCGCUAUCAAUCACGCCUAAUCGGUACGCGUUGGAAAGUGUUACAUUCAAAGACGGCCUUCAUAUCCCCAAAGGAACGCUGCUUGGUUGGGUCAGCAUCCACAAUCAGGUCAAUCCCGAGAUCGCUGCCAAUCCCGAGAAGUUCGAUGGAAUGAGGAGCUACCAGAAGCGACGCUCUUCACCGGAAGAGGCGAACAAGCAUUUGGCUGGACAGCCCAGCCUGGAGAACCUCAGUUUUGGAUACGGUAGCCAGGCUUGCCCAGGCAGAGUGAUUGCUGUCAGUAUGCUCAAGAUGAUUGUGUCAAGGCUGCUCCGGGACUACGAAUUCAAAUUCGGUGAAGGCCAGGCUAAACCAAGCAAUAUCCACUUGCUUGAGUUUAUCAUUCCUGACCCCAAGGCAAAGGUUACGAUAAGGAAGAGAAGAACGGUGUAG